AACAUGGCAUGCCUAUCGAUAGGGUGAAUGUUGUUGGGAGGAUUUUUUUAGUUUUUGGCUUAUGUAUUUUAAAUUUGCUUUAAUACAUUCCUUUAAAUAAAUCUACAGACAAUCUUUAUCUAUAUUUAAGUGCUAAAUCAGUUAAAAAAACAAAAGUUUAUUGCUUACGGAAGUUCUUUAUUUACAAGCGUCGACUGUUAUCGCGUCCUAGCUAUCUUUUUAGAGUGGCUAUCCUAUAUUGUUGUUACCGUUGUUAUUUACAAAAACAUAAGCCACGGCGUCUCAAAAGUCAGACGAAUCCAGCCGCCGAGACGCAGACAAUCGGUAUAAGAUGCCUGCAGCCAGUUUUGGGUCACUGUCACUACCAGGAACCAGUGAUUGUGGCAUCAAAGAUGUGUGGAAUCACAACCUUCAUGAAGAAUUCCAAAUGAUCAGAAAGAUAGUACAAAAGUACCACUGGGUAGCAAUGGAUACAGAGUUUCCUGGAGUUGUAGCACGGCCCAUUGGAGAAUUCAGAUCUACAGCUGACUACCAGUAUCAAUUACUCAGAUGUAAUGUGGAUUUGUUGAGAAUAAUACAGCUUGGUCUAACAUUCAUGGAUGAAAAUGGAAAAACUCCACCCGGAUACACUACAUGGCAGUUUAACUUCAAAUUUAACCUACAGGAGGAUAUGUAUGCACAAGAUUCAAUUGAUUUGCUCCAGAACUCAGGACUUCAGUUUCGAAAGCAUGAGGAAGAUGGAAUUGAACCUUUGGAAUUUGCUGAACUUCUUAUGUCAUCAGGUUUAGUGUUAAUGGAUAACAUAAAAUGGCUCAGUUUUCACUCUGGAUAUGACUUUGGAUAUCUACUCAAACUACUCACUGAUCAAAAUUUGCCUCAAGAUGAAAAUGACUUCUUUGAAAGUCUGAGACUAUAUUUUCCAACUGUGUAUGAUGUAAAAUAUUUGAUGAAGCUUUGCAAGAACCUAAAAGGCGGUCUCCAAGAAGUAGCCGAUCAGCUGGAACUUAGGAGGGUUGGGCCUCAACAUCAAGCAGGAUCCGAUUCGCAUCUUACUGGGAUGGCUUUCUUUAAAAUCAAAGAGAUUUUCUUCGACGACAACAUAGAGAGUUCCAGUGGACAUCUCUACGGGCUUGGUGCACCAUUCACAGUGAACUCUAAUAACUUCCAAGACAACGGCGAAAAUGGAAACUCAUCCUGAUCUACGGAGUCGGUUUGCGUGUCGAAUCCGACAUCGCAACCGAGAGCCUUCCAUCACAAAGAAUUGGGUUAAGCUGUCUUGUAAAUAAAAAUUAUACUACACAUUCGCAAAAUCUAUCAACAUCGAUUUAAAGGGUACUUAAAAGGUUAACAAAUAGCUAAUUAAGUGACGCUUUUAGUGGCUCAAAAAGAUCUCACCGCGAAAAAACGAUAAAACCGUUGUACAAUAAUUAAAUAGUUAAAACAAAACGUAAUCAAAAUCACUUUAAGAUGUGUGUGACUACUUAAUAAUGUGCAUUUAUAACAAUACUUGUUAACAUAACAAUAAUAAGUUAUCACUGGUUAGAGAUAUUAAAAACUAUGUAAGUAGAAUAUCUAGAUUACCGAUAAAAAUUGCAGCAGCAACAUUAAGUUAUGUUUUUUAACUAAAGUUAAUAGAGGAUCCUUAGUUUCAUCGCUUUUUGCAUAACAAACUUCUAUAAAUAUUAUUAUGAUAGGUCUGGGUUAUGCUGAUGUGUAAUAAUGUAUUUAUGAGAUUGCGUACUUAUUGAAGUUUAUAUAAAAAAUGUGGACAUUUUUAUGAUAUGACUGGAUAUUGCAACAUAAGUGUUAUUAAUAUAGACGCACGAAAUAUAAAGCUUCUUAUAGUUUUAUGUGUA